UCAGAGGGGAUAAUACUCACCAUCCCUGAGCAACACAUGGUAACCUGUGGACUUUUACUUGAGCUUGGAUUAAUUCAGAAACGGAUUUAAAAGUAAGUGUGGUAACUGUUUGAAAAUAUGUGUCAAAUUAAAUAUAACUGUAAUAAGUUUAUAGUUUUCACAAUGUAAUGUUUGUGUUUUUGUUCAUUUCAGGAAGAGUGUCAGGACUUUCUGCAAACCUUUACUUUCAAGCUAUGGUAAGUUAUUUUUUUCUGAACACAACCACGUGUAUUUUGAGUUUCGUAUUUGCAUCAAACUGGUGAAAAUGUGCGUAAAGUCGUCAGAAAACUACCUAAUAUACAAAGUAAUGGACAAGACGUUUCCUCCAGUGGCUCUUCUUCAGAUUAUUCCCCUUUUUUUUAAAUCAAUUUACAGUCAAUAGUUGGUCGUUAAAUUCCCCAAAGUCCAAAUCGAUUCAAACCAAACUGCUGUUGUUAAAAAGAAAUGCAUAAAAUGAGGUGAAUCUCCUGGUUGUGUGGAGGCAGCCGAGGAGAACAGAGUUGAAGGAGGUGCAGACUGACCACAGAGUCCCACUGGAGGCUCCUCUGUGUUGGAUAGAAGUCUCUCCCCUGGGGGCCAAAUGGUCCAGCACCCACAGCUGUGAUAACAUCGUGGCUUUGUGCUGUCCUCUGUUUUAAGUCAAACACUGACGGAACACAAGAGGCAAGGAAAACCAAAUAUUGAAAGAGGUUAAUUAGAUAACAAAGUUAACAGAAGCAAAAAGUUUCGCUUUUUUAUUUUUAAAGGUCAUGUCUGUUCACAAAGGUUUAUUGUGAAGUGUUCUAGCUGCUGUAAAUAACUAAAAUUGAUCUGGUUUAAGUGAAUCUGAAGGCUGGGACUCAUUAUGAUUCAUAAUUAACACAUGAUUUGUGUGUAAUUCCAAAAUGCUGCCAUCAUUUCCUGCUUCAUAAAAGCCCGUCCAACAUCCUGAGAGUUUGGGGAGUUCAGAGAGGAAAAGCACCUCUCUUACUCCUCCAUGAUUCAGCUCCACUUUGUUCAAACUUCCCCUCUGGCUUCAGAAAGCAGCAGGGAUAGUUUUUAUCAGAAUGAGAUGUGCAUCCUGUUAGGAGAGUGACCAACUUCUUUUUUAGAUUUUCUGGGAUUCCACUGCAUGGGAUGGUCUGCAUAAAGCUGCUCUGAGGUUUGUCAGGAAUGCUGCGCUUAUGUUGGUCUGAGAGCAAAAUGAUCUCAGCUGGUAAAAAUCUUAUUGGCCGGGUUCUAGGAAUAACUCAGGGCGCUUCUAGACCAAAAAGGACUGCUCUAUAUACGAGUCAACCAAACACUUCUAGUUAGACUGUUGUUCCUUAAAGCGAGUUAGACACUCCCUCGAGAGAUGAAUGUUGCCGACUGUUUGCUUCUCUAGUUAUACCAACUUUAGUAACGACCGCACAAUAGCAAUACACAGCGGUCUGAGGAGCCAUAAACAAACCUCAACCAAAACGCCACUCUAUAGCCACAAAUAAUGCUCAGAACAGCCUCUAACUUCAUCAACAGGACAUACAGGGUUCCAGCCAUAGUACUAGCCACCAAACAUCUUUUUAACUUUGCCUGAUUUCUUUAACAAAGAGACUAAACACAACUCACCUACUCUCUUCCAGCAGCCGCUUGUUUGUAGCGAGACCCGGGAAAGUCUAUUACGAACUACAAAGGGGUGACACAGCUCAAGGAAGAACAUUUAUGAUCAUUUCUUCAUGGAAAUGCAAUCAGACUGAGACACUAAGGCAGAAGAACUACCGCGUCUGCAGUGCAAAAUGAUUAAUAUGAUGAUUAUUACUUCAAGGAAAUGAAGAAAAAAUUAUCAUAAAUGUUCUUCCUUGAGCUGCGCCACCCCGUUGUAGUCCGUAAUGGACUUGCCUGAGGUCUCGCUACAAACAAGCGGCUGCUGGAAGAGAGUAGGAGAGUUGUGUUUAGUCUUUUUGCUAAAGAAAUCAGGCAAACUUAAAAAGAUGUUUGGUGGCUAGAACUAUGGCUCGGACCCAACAUGUACUGUUGAUGAAGUUAGGUGCUGUUCUGAGCAUUAUUUGUGGCUAUAGAGUGGCGUUUUGGUUUCGCACAUUGGUGUGUUUGACCCUAAAUUAAUUUUACGCUGGAAUAUCCCUUUAACAGAGCGCACCACUGACUCUUUGUGUUUUUCUUUUCUUUGUGUAGCUGUGUUUAGGAGACUCUGCAGACUAUCUCCGGGACCAUAUGCAGUGCAUGAUGAGAUCCCUGCAGGACCUAAAGCAGAUAAACAAGCCCAGGCCUCUGAGUGAACCGUGCGUCCGCUCCUUUGCUGUCACACGACACUGCAAACAAAGGGCACAACAAGAGCGGCUCUCCCGUCUACGAGCUUCUGAUGCCAGUGAAGCCAGCACAUACGACUCCGCCUGCUGCCUGGCCAGUCCUUUGGAGGAAGAGGAUGAGGAGGAUGAAGAGCAGCAACAGGAGCAUGAGCGGUUAACACAAGGCUCCCCCAGCAGUGAGAAGAGUCUGGACUUGGACUCGGGUUACUCUGAGGCCUCAUGGCACGAUGAAGGUGUGGUGCUGAGGAGGACGAGAAAUGUACGGGUCUCUUCUUCCGCGUGUCUCCGCACAAACAGAGGACCGUCCGGGAGAAUCAGACCCAAAUCCACCUCGGACGCUUGCCUGGAGCGCUGGACCUCAUUUGAGGCAAGUGAUCCAGAGGAUUGGACCACGUCUCUGCUGAGCCGCAGCAGGAACAGACAGCCACUGGUUCUAGGGGACAAUAGCUUUGCAGACCUCAUCAAGAACUGGAUGGACUUACCUGAGUGUCCAGAGCCGUCAGAACUGAGGCCCAGUGCGGGACGGCGGCUGGCUAAAGACAUUUUGGUGAACAUGCGGCGCAGACUGGCGGGGAUGUCUAAAGGUGUGGAGGUCAAGAUGAGGUCCACAGACCCCUCAGGAGUCAGCAGGGCUGCUGAGGCCUCUAAACGGAUGUCCUGCCCUGUGGGAGUCCAGACUCUCAAGCCGUUCUUUCAUCAGUCCCACACAGGCCUUCACCAACUGGACACAGACUUCUACCAGUUCACCGCUCUGAUGAAGACCGGCAGCAGACAGCCAAUCAUAUGCAACGACAUCAUUGGAUACAUUUAAUGAGACUGUCACAGCAGACUGGGAUCUAAACACUUAAUAUUUUAUAAAGAUGGUUCUAUUUUUGUUACUGGUUUUGGUUAAAAUGUUGAUAAAUCUGUAAUAAAAAAGAUGUUUGAUUUAUUGUAAGUGUUGCUUAAUAUUAAAAAGAACCUAAAUAAUGCA